AUUUGGUUACAAGAUUUAUAAUCACCUGGUUAGGUCUAGAUUUCGGCCUGACUUGCACCAUUAGUGCUGACCCAAUCUUAUAACCAAAUGGAAUACCAACUUUAUUUGGAGAAAUGAGCCAUGUGCAGGGGUGGACUGACAACUCAUGGGGCCCCCGGGCAAUAGGGGAUCAUGGGGCCCCUGUGUCCUCAACCACACUCAAAUCACACCCAAAAAAGCCUAUGAAAGGUACCAGGGGCAUCUCAUGGGGCCCCCUACUGACCCCGGGCCCUCGGGCAGUGCCCGAGUUUCCAAAUGGUCAGUCCGCCCCUGUU